GUAAAACUCUCGUUACUCUGCUCCCGUUAGUAAGAGGCUGGUGUUUGCCGUAAUGCUUGAUCAGCACCAUAGCAUUGUUUGCCUACGUAACCGCCACUCGUGGUGGAGGCUGUCGUCUCACCCCACAAGGCUGGAGACCCUUGCUCUUCCUAGCUGCAGCUAAGCUUUCUACGUAACUUCUGCAUUUGCUAACCUCCAUUGUUCUCACUUCGUCAUAGUACUCCGCAACCAGCUUCUACACUCACUCUUGUGUGUUCGCUCGUUUCACAUAUUCUUCGCCAUGGCUGAGCCAAAUGCUGCCCCGCACGCCGAGAAUGACCCCGCCACGCCAACCACCGCUGCUCCCACGCAUGAGGACAAAGAUGAGCAUGACAAACCACGAGAUAGUAAGGGAUGGGAUGGAAAGUUGAGAGUGGAAAAGCAAGUCGUCGUGAAAUAUCCGGCAGACCCCAACGCAGAAGUGCAGAGCGAUGCGGAAGAAUCAGAGGACGAAGGGCCGCCGCCCGAUGAGAUCCAGGCAGACGAAGACCUCCUAGACGACGUUCCGGACGAUGAAGACGAGAUCGAACUGGUGCACUGUAAGAUCGGCGACAUGUCGAAACUGAGGUUGGAGCGGUUCAAGCAAAUGAAGCGUCUUUGCCUCCGGCAGAAUCGUAUACAGACGAUCGAGAUACCGACCGAUGCUGCAGCCACGAUGACUGAAAUCGAUCUCUACGACAACCUCAUCUCGCACGUCAAAGGCUUCGAUGCCUUCACCGAACUCACCUCGCUCGAUCUCUCCUUCAACAAGAUCAAGCACAUCAAGCGCGUCGACCAUCUGAAGAAGCUUAAGGACCUUUAUUUUGUGCAGAACAAGAUCAGUACUAUCGAGAAUCUAGACGGCUUGACCAACCUGCGACAAAUCGAACUGGGCGCGAACAGGAUACGCGAGAUUCAGAAUCUGGAAACACUCACAGGACUGGAAGAGCUGUGGCUGGGCAAGAACAAGAUCACAGAGAUCAAAGGCCUCGAUACCCUCACGAACCUCAAGAUCCUGUCUAUCCAGUCGAAUCGUCUACGUACGAUAUCUGGGCUGGACAAACUUGUCAACCUUGAAGAACUACACAUCUCGCACAACCUGUUGACUUCGUUGGAGGGCCUCGAGCACAACACAAAUUUACAGGUCAUCGACAUCAGCUCGAACCCCAUCGAGCACCUCUCAGGCCUGAAGACUCUCGCACAUCUGACAGAAUUCUGGGCUUCUAACUGCAAGCUCAGCAGCUUCGCCGAGGUCGAGAAAGAACUCAAAGACAAGGAGGAGCUUGAGACAGUGUACUUCGAGGGCAACCCACUCCAGAGAGCACAACCCGCGCUGUACCGCAACAAGGUGCGCCUAGCCCUGCCGCAAAUCAAGCAGAUCGACGCUACAUACGUGAAACAAGUGUAGUACACCCACGACCGAAUCCUCGAGACCCGCGCUCUCCUGCACGAGCUCACCGAAGAGAUGGCGCUCAAGCGCUCACACCGCGCACUAUCAAGCGGGCCCCUAGGCGUGCGGCGCAAAGUCGCCAACCACGUUGCCCGCAUCGUAGACCUCGCGGUGGAUUUCCUGA